AUGGGGGCGCCGAAGCAGAAGUGGACGGCGGAGGAGGAGGGGGCGCUGAGGGCGGGGGUGGAUAAGUACGGCCCGGGCAAGUGGCGUGCCAUUCAGAAGGACCCUGCUCUUGGGCCUCUUCUUACCCACCGCUCCAAUGUUGAUCUUAAGGUGUGUGUGUGCGUGGUGAGAGGCCAAGGUGUGAAUGUCCCCCUGCUGCUGGGCUCAAUCUGGAGCCUCCAGGUGCGCGUGCCCCCCCCCCCCCCCCCCCUCACAACCCCCACUCUGCUCGGCCCCUUGCUCACCCACCACCACUGCAACGGCGAAGGAGGAGAGGAGGGGGCGGGGGUGGACAAGUACGGGAGGGCGGGGGUGGAUAAGUACGGCCCGGGCAAGUGGCGCGCCAUUCAAAAGGACCCCGCGCUCGGCCCCCUGCUCACCCACCGCUCUAAUGUGAACCUCAAGGGUGUGCUGGGGUGUGCUGGGGUGUGCUGGGAUCAACACCUUGCUCUUGGGCCCCUGCUCGCCCACCGCUCUAAUUUCGACCUCAAGGGGUGCCCACCGGUGGCAGCAGCAGCGCCAGAGCCAGUGCAGUGCCAAGGGGUGCGGGCCCCCAGGGAGCAGCGGGCAGUAGCAGCAGCAGCAGCAGCGGUGUGGUGUUGCCCCCCUCCUUUCCUAACCCCCACCUCUCUACUCCGUUCCACCCCUCUCCCCACCUCCCCAACCUUCCCCGCUCACCCAUCCCCCCCUCCUCCCUCACCCACUCCCCACCAACCCCCCCCCCCGCCUCCCUCCCCCCCCCCCUCCCCCUCCUCACAGGACAAGUGGCGCAACAUGACAGCAGCAGCCAAUGGCGGCAGUAGAAGCAGCGCCAGUGCAGUGGUGCCCCUCUCCUUCCCUCCUCCCGGCCCCACCCCACCCUCCACCCCCCCACAGGACAAGUGGUGCAACAUGACAGCAACAGCCACUGGCGGCAGCAGCAGCGCCAGUGCAGUGGUGCCCGUGCCUCGGGACAAGUGGCGCAACAUGACAGCAGCAGCCACUGGCGGCAGCAGCAGCGCCACUGCAGUGGUGCCCGUGCCACGCGUGCGCGCCCCCAGGGAGCAGCGGGCGGCAGCGGCGGCGGCACGCGCUGAGCUGGCAGCAGUCGUGGCGAUGGAGGAAGAGGAAGACGCCCUAUUGGCCGCCGCUGCUGGCAGCGACGCUGACGUGGCUGCUGACGUGGCUGAUGGCGCUGAUGAUGGUAGUGGGGCUGCUGACGCGGAUUUUGCUGGUGGGGGGAGUUAUGGGGGCGCAGGGGCGGGGGAGAGUGGUUCUAUGGGCGGGGCUGCGGGGGGGGCGGAUGGGGAGGCGGGGGGGGAGGGCGUGGGUGGGGGGAGCGCGAGCAGUGGGCGCACUGGCAGUCGGGGGGGGACGGGGGAGGAGGGGACGUGGGCUGUCGUACCCUCUGCUGUUGCUGGCGCUGCUGGUGGUGCUGCUGGCAUGGGUCUACCUGUCACCGGCAAUGCAAGGUUGGAUGAGGCGAUCAUGAUGGCCGUGGCGUCACUGGAAGCCUCACAGGCAGCGCAUGGGUGCUCCGCUGCAGCUGUUGUGAAACACAUUGAGGACCACCAUGCAUCACCACCCAAUCUGCGCCGCCUCGUCCCGCAUCGCCUCAAAGCGCUCUCAGAGGAGGGCUGUCUGGUGAAGGUGAAACAGCUCUACUAUCUCCCUCGCAACGCACCUCUGGCCCUCCUCUCUCACUCCCACUCGCACGCCCACUCGCACGCCCACUCCCACACCCUCAACCAUGACCAAGGGCCAGGGCAAAGCCAUGUGUCAGGGCAAGCGCAAGGGCAGGCGCAGGUGCAAGGGCAAGGGCAAGGGCAAGCACAGGUGCAUUCCCCUGCAUCUGUCCGGAGGGCACGGGGGGACAGUAGGCGGGCUAGCUGGCAUGGGGAGGGGAUGGAUGGGGAGGGUGCGGGGAGAGGGGGGUGGGGGGGAAGUGGCAAGUGGGAGAGUGAGGAGGGGAGGGUGGAGUGGGGAAACCGAGGGAGUGUGAGGAGGAGGGACGGUCGGAGUGGCAGGGUGGGCAGUGGGAGUGCUGCAGAGAGGGCGGGGGAGGGUAGAGCCAGUGGGGCAGCAACAGAGGGAAGGGCGGGUGGGGCUGCUGCAGCAGCAUCAACAGCAGCAGCAGGGGUGGAGCAUCAUUUAGGCAUGCGUUCUACAGCUGCUCUUCACUCCUCUACCCCCUCUGCCCCCACUGCUGCUGCUGCCGCUGCUCCAGUGGAUCGAAUAGCAGCAGACCUGUCACAGGCCCACCUCUCCCCUCUGCAUACCACCCAUAUGCCAUCUCAUGCCUCUGCUGCCGCCGCCACCGCCGCCGCCGCCGCCGCUGCUGCUGCUGCAAGCACGGGUGGUGCUGCUCCCAAUGCUCCUACCGUGUGCCAUUUCAAGAAACUUCGCUUCCCCUCGCAGCAGUCAGCAGAAGCAGGAGGAGCCAGCGAAAGGGAACCAGGCGCGCGAGACCAGACCGAAACGGGAAGAGCAGGCGAGGGUGUGGGAGAAGGAGCAAAGGAGGGGAAGGCGGUGGGUGCAGCGCAGAGUGCGUGGUUGCAAGAGCUGGCACGGAAGGCAGCAGAGGCGAUGGCAGAGGCAGAGGCAGCUGUAGCAGAGGCGGAGGCGGCAAUGAGAGAGGCGGAGGCCAUGGAGGCUGAGGCAGAGGCAGCAGAGGCGGCAGCGACAGAGCUGGAGGGCAGAAGGCAAGCUGCUGCCGUCAGCUCAUAG